UCCAGCUGUCAUGUGGGGAAUGGAUUGGAGGGGCAGGUUUGGCUGCCAGGAUGCUGGAGCCCAGCCAGGGCCCUCUGCUUGGUCUGCGCUCCCCUGCCCAGCGCGCAGCCUCCCCGUAGGGAAAGGCUGGGUCUCCAGAACACCCACUGCAGCACUGCCUGAACCACCACCCACCAGCAGGGCCCUGGCUCCUCUGUAGACACAGUUCCAAGUAGCCUCCUCUGGUCCCCUCUGACUCAGGCAGCCUGUCCCUGCCCCAAGGAAGGCUUGCCACCCUCAGUUGUGCCUGGGUCUGGCAUGGUCCCAGUGUGGUAGAAGGGCGCUCAGUGUCACAUGGGUUCUUGCAUGGGCUGCACUGGAUCUCCCUCCACACUGCCCCCAAACCAACCCACCUCCUUUCUUAAUGUCUGCGGCCUGGAGGUGGGGUCCUCCCUGAAUUGGCCCUUCCCCUUGAUAAUCUCUCCCCUUCAGACACGGUUACCUGCCCUGGAAUCUGGCUUCCCCUUGCCAGCUGUGGCUGCCCCACCUGAGCCCUGACCCCUGGCAGAGGGCCAUGGUAGGGGAGAGCCUCUCUUUGGGUCCUUACUCCCCACGUCUGACAGAACACCACCGAGGACCCAACGUGAAUGAGUUUCUGGCGAAUCCUGCCAACCCUCGCCUGCCCUCUGCCCCUCUCCUUCUCAGCCCCGGUCAGGGCACAGAACUUGCCCUCGGCUGCAUGGCUUUCCUGAGGCUGUGCCAUGGCACCCAUCCUGUGAGCACAGGCUGUGGUGCCUUCCCUCAGCAAAUCCAUGUCCACGGUGGGAGAAAAAUGGAGCUUGGGCCAGCUGGUGGAGCGAGUGGCACCAUAGGAUCCAGGGGAGCCCCGCUACUGUCCCUCUGAUGGCUGUUUCUGACGCUUCCGAGCCCUAGCAACUUCCUUCUCCAGUACAGACAGCUGGUAAGUAACUCGGGCCCCCUUUUGCUGAAGCUUCACGGUUUUCUGUUGUGUACACUGGGUAGGAGGCAGUGGGAAUCUUGGGUGGGAUCCUGGCUCUCACAAACUGCUGGGUGCCCUCAGGCAAGUCCCAUUCAUCUAAGCCCCAGGUUCCUCCUCGGAAUAAAGUGGGGGAGACCUUAUUUCCUCCAACAGUACCUGGCUAUGGUGUCUGACAGGCAGGGUACUUGGUGCGCUGGGCUGGGAAGCUCCCUGCCCCGGGAUUUAAAUCACUUCUGCCCCAGCAGGCUGGGCUUAGGGAGCCCCAGAACUCCUCACCAUGCACCCAGUUCAGUGCUGGGUGUGGACUUGUACUGUGAGGGCAGUUGGAGCUUUGCCAGACUCUGCUUUCCUGCUCUUCUAGUCAGGCAGACCAGCAGUGACCUUGGAUUCCAGUGCUUAGCCGGCUGCAGAACGAUGGGGCUGGCGUGCGUGCAGGGGAGGGUUGUGUCCUCUGAUCCCAGGGCUCAGCUGAGCCCCUUGGGGGAAGCAGGAGGCGCCCUCGCGUCCAGAAGCUGGAGCCGGCCAGACCUGGAGCUGGCGCUGGGAAGCCCGCGGGGCGGUGCUCCCAGGCAGGCGCUGGGGGAGGGCCGAGGGCAAAGAGAUCGCUGGGGCUUCUCCUGCCCUCUUCGGGGCGGGUAGUCUGAACCCUGACUCCGCAAGCACCGCCCCCACCCCGCAAGCGCCGCGCGCCCGAGGACCCGAAGUCCACGCCCCACUCCUGCGAGCUCGGCUGUCGCGUUGCAUCCUGGGCUCUGUGGUUUUCGAGGGCCGUGGGCGGGGCCCGCUCGGGGUGCGCGGCUAUUGGGUGACGGCUGGGGCGCCCGCAGCCAUUCCCUUUGUGCCCGCCCCUUCCGCCCCGCAACGGAGCGUCGGAGAGCCGUGACGGGCUCUGCCCUGGUGCGCGUCAGCGAUUGGCGGAGGGGCGGGGCCCAGGGGCGCGGCUGUCCGCGGAUUGCUCGGGCGCGGCGGGGGCGGGCCCGCGCAUGCACGUAAGGGCGGUGCACGGGUCGCGGUGAGUAGUGCCAAGAUGUCGGCGGCGGCGGUUCCGGAGCUGAAGCAGAUCAGCCGGGUGGAGGCGAUGCGUCUGGGGCCGGGCUGGAGCCACUCGUGCCACGCCAUGCUGUACGCCGCAAACCCCGGGCAACUCUUCGGCCGCAUCCCCAUGCGCUUCUCGGUGCUGAUGCAGAUGCGCUUCGACGGACUGCUGGGCUUCCCCGGGGGCUUCGUGGACCGGCGCUUCUGGUCGCUGGAGGACGGACUGAAUCGGGUGCUGGGCCUGGGCCUGGGCUGCCUGCGCCUCACGGAGGCCGACUACUUGAGCUCGCACCUGACCGAGGGCCCGCACCGCGUCGUGGCGCACCUGUACGCGCGGCAGCUGACGCUGGAGCAGCUGCAUGCUGUGGAGAUCAGCGCGGUGCACUCGCGGGAUCACGGCCUGGAGGUGCUGGGGCUCGUGCGCGUCCCACUGUACACCCAGAAGGACCGAGUCGGUGGCUUUCCCAACUUCCUGAGCAACGCUUUCAUCAGCACAGCCAAGUACCAGCUCCUCUUUGCUCUCAAGGUGCUCAACAUGAUGCCCGAGGAAAAGCUGGCUGAAGCUUUGGCUGCAGCCACAGAAAAGCAGAAGAAGGCCCUAGAGAAGCUGCUCCCAUCUUCCUCCUGAGCCUGCAGGCACCUCCAGGAAGCAGACUGGCAGCACUGGCCAAGCGUGCACAAUGACAACAGGAGAGCCACCACAGGACAGGAAGGUCACCACUGGCGGUCUCCUAUGGCCCUACGUCUGGAAAGACUCCUCAGUGAAGCUCACAGUUUCCACAGCGCUGGCCUGGUAAGGAAAGCAAUGCUCCCGGCCCAGCCUGGGUGUCCCAUCUUAGAGCCUCGACGAAGUGGCUGGCACAUGUGGGCAAGGACACUCUGCUCUGUAAAUAAAACACCUGUACUUGCUCCUCUCUUAUUUCUGGGGCCUGCUUCGCUCUCCAGGUAGCUUUGUAGAAUCAUGGGGGUUCUGAUGCAAAGGUGGCCCUAGCUACAGGCAACAGAGGGAUGGGGCAGCAGGGAUCACCCAGUUGGUCCUGCCCUGAGCAUGGUGCUCUGGGCGAGGGCCCUGGCACAGCUUUCCUCUUACUGUGGUUUAUCAGCCAGUACCUCAGGCCGUGGGACCAGAACUGAACCCCUCACCAGCCAAUCUUAAAUUUUAUUUUCCAGCAAAUGACAUAUGCUGCCCAGGCACCCCGCCCCAGUCCUCACCUGUCUGGGCGAACCUCAGCGUGGCGCCUGUGGUGUGUGGGGACACGCUCUCCCCAAGGCCCUGCCUGCUCUGGGCCCCACUCCCGGUCUGGAUAACAGACCCUCGUCUUGCCUCAGUGCAGGCCUUGCUGCCCUCGCACCGGCCACAGCCCCGUCCUGUCUGCCAGCUGCUCCUGGGGCCCGAUCCUCUGGCCCUGGCCACUGCAGCUGCCCGCUCGCUGGCCUCCUGUCCUCUGGGCACACAGCUUCAGGGUGGAUCAGUCACCCCACGUCAGAUUCUGAGAAGGGAAAGGGAAGACUGAGGGGGGCGCUCGCUCGGCUGCACAGCUGCCCUGCUCUUGGGGCCGAGGUCCUGGACGGACAGACACUCACCGUCCCCCUGGCUAAGGCUCCCGCCAGUUCUCCUUCCCGUUCAGCACUUGCAGCUUCUCCAGGCUCUGGGUCACUAAGCACAGCACUCGCCCUGAGAACGGGGGCAGACAGUUACUGCUUCGCAGUCUGGAGGGCUCGAGGACACAGGAAUGGAUGACCUUGAGGGCUGGUGGGCUGUCCGGCCCCCUGGACUCACCCAUCUCCCGGACUCGAUCCUCCAGGGCUCCCGACAGCUGAGGGAGGCUCAGGGCCUGCAAGGCGGCCUGCCAGCCUUUGGAGUCUGCAGGGCAGAGAGCUGAGUAGGCCUGGGGUCUGUGCUCACGGGCCCUGCCUUUCCAUCCUGAGCCACUGCGACCAAGGGACGCCCCCUCCCCCAACCUUUGGUGCCAUACAUCCCCCUCAUUAUAUCGGAGUGUUCUCCUCCCACUUGUGGAGCAAAGCGCUGAUGCCGGUCAGGGCUCAGCCCCAGGAAUGUGUGUGAGGGCCCCUGCCUACUGGGCUAUGCCCUGGGGGGGCCCAGCCAGGGGCUGUAGAAGUCACUUGAGGUCUUGGACAGUGGAGGCAGCCAUGGCCCAAAGGCCACCUGGAGGGACAGUGAGGACAUGGGCUUGGGCACGUGAGAGGAUCUGGGGUGGGGUGGUGUCAGUGUGAUAACUGCACUGAGACAAGUGGUAAAACCCAGCCUGGGGAGGUGUCCCUGCCCUCUGUCUACCUGUUCUGGGUCCAGGACACUGCUCUCCUUACCAGCUGUGGGGAGGCCUGGGCCCAGCAUGGCCCCGAGCGGGGAUUCAUCCUGCUGCACUCGGGCGGACAGCUCAGCUUGACAGGCUCUGCCGGACACGAGAACCAAUCGCUGGUGAGGGGAGAGGCCAGGCGAUCGCAGACACCCUUCUCCCAGAGUGUGAGGCGGGGCUCUGCCCUGUGCGCCCUGCCAGCCUGUGCCUGUGCAGCCCGGGCAGAGAAAAGACCCACACGGGGCCCCUCUGCUGCCUGGUCUGCCCUGCAAGGAGGGACAGCCAGAUGAAACUGGGGUGGCGGUGACUCCAGGAGGCCCUGAAAACAACCCAUUCUUGGAAGAAUCUGGAGGAAACAGUGACUUGGCCUGGCCCUGGCCCAGGGGCAGCUCGGACACCCACUUACUGCAGCUGGUCCAGGACAAGCGCAGCGUCCCGGGCCAGGGCCCAGGUCUCCUGCAACUGUGCAUGGACGUCCUUGCGGGCGCCGUCCUGUUCCAGGAGGCAGCUUUCCACCACGGCCCGCAGCUCCUGUUCCUGUGACACCAGGCCCCGCAUGGCCUCCACCUCCUCACAGCGCUGCAGCGGGAGAGGCAGCAGGUGCAGCAGGCUGGUUCAGGGGUGGGGAAUGACCACUCGGGCAGGGUUCCCCCACCCCAGGUUCCAUCUCCGCCGUCAGACUGCCUCCUCCUCUCCUGGCCUGGGGGGACCUGUCUCCACCUUGGAGCCCCCCCGGCCUGGGCCCCUUCCUGCAAGCCCUGUGGUGUGCGCUGCUGACACCCUUUCUCCCUCCUGUGCCCACCUGUGCGCCCCACUGCAUCCAAGCCAUGAUGCUUCCUGGCCUCGCUGUCCUGUCACCCGCCCUGGCUGUUGCUCUCCGCUGAUUCUGGGCAUCUGUCUCCACUCUGUGUCCUCUGCACGUCCCCUGCCCCAGCUCUCUACUUACUUUGUGCAGCUGGAUGGCAAGCUCCUGCAUCUCGGCUUCAAGCCGGUCGGCGUAGGCCAGCUCCAAGGCAUCACUGGGGGGGCGGGCGCUGCUGUGCCAGCGGGCGAUGGCAGAGGUCAUCUUUCUCUUGGGCCCAAACAACCUACAGCAGGGAGUGAGAGGACACGGAUCAGCACCUGCUCUAUGUGGAGGUUCCGUGGGCCGUCCUUCUACCAAGACUGUCUGCUAGAAAGAUCCCAGCUUUGAAGGGGGAGAGUAGCCCCCAGGAUCCUGGGACAGAAGACAGAAAGCAUCGUGAGGAGUCGUGACCUUCCCACCCUGCCUGGCUGCUGCUUUCACUAGACAGGGAGCUGGGGCUGCUGGGGAUGCUCUCAAAGGUGGACAGUGGAAAAUGUCAGGGUGCCCUGAGCACAGCAGUGUCUGCUGGGCCAGCUCGGGGCCUCGGGACCCAGGCUGCCUGCACCUGAGCUGGGAGCAGCUGCAGAAGUGGACAGCUGACAGCAGGGAGAAAGCUGGCCACUCGACAGGAAGGGUCUCCACCCAAAUGCUGGGAGCUGCACCUCAGCUGGUUCCUGGGCAUCGUAGCCAGAGGCCUUGGGACUCACGUGAUGCCGAUUUCCUUCAGGUCGCUCUCAGUGAGGGUCAAAAAGAUGCGGAGGUCCACGUCCUGCUCCUCAAACACCUGCAGGUAUUUGAGGCAGCCAAUCUGCUCCAGCAGUGUGGCGAGGUCCUAGAGGGUGAGGAGCCAGGGCAGGUCAGAAGACAAGGCAGGCCACGAAGACGUGGGGGCAGGAAAAGGCCUGUGCUGCACACAGAGCUGCCUUUCUCCUGCUGAGCACCUGGCCUGUCCUGAGCUCUGCUGACUCCCAAGUUCGGCAGAGAGCCUGGGCUGCCCCCUGUGUGUCCUCAGGCAGGGCAGGCAGGGCGUCUCUGGACCAGUGUCUUCACUGCAGCAGCAAGCACACCCUGUGGCAGGUCUGCGGCAGCAGCUCCUCUCAGUCUCUGCUGACCCGGGACUCUUCAUUUUUCCUUCACUCUGGGGGACAGUCUUUGCUGGACGCUGCACUGUUGGUUAACAUGUCGUCCAUGUCUUCUGGUCCCUGUGGUUUCUGAUGAGAAAUACGCUGUUAAUUGUCUGGAGAUCCCGUUGUACGUGCUGAGUCACUUCUCUCUUGCUCCAAGAUUCUUUGUUUAGUGACACUCUGAUUGUGAUGUGUCCAGGUGUGGCUCUGAAUUUAACAAACUUAGAGCUCAUUCAGCUUCUUGGAUGUGCAGAUUCAUUUUUUGAUCAAAUCUGAGAAGAUUUGGCUUUUUUUUUUUUCACUGAAAACUUUUUUUUUGGCCUUUUGGAUAGAAAUGGGAAUUUAUUUGCCAGGAAGGAUGAUCCCAUAGGACCAGUGCCGGGCCUCCUCUUCGCUAAUUCUGUGUUUGGUCACAAUGCAGCCUGCCCUGCACUUCUUGCCUGCGAUGCUGAAACCUGGCCUCCCCAGCACCACGUAGAGGUCCAGGCUGUAGGUACCAAUGCCUGGUAGUUUGAUCCCCAGAUCGACGUGUUCUUGGAUCCCCAAAUCAAAAUUUCCAGUAUCUGAGAGAUUAUUUUUUCUUAACUUGCAUUCUCGCACCUUUAGAUGUUUCUCCAGGAUUUCUUCUGCCUUGGCCCCACGGACUGUGCAGUGGACAGCAGUCUUUUCAUUUCCCCUGAUAAGAUUUGGCUAUUUUAUAACAUUUUUUCUACUUUUCCCUCCCUCCUCCCCAGGAACACCAUUACGUGCACGCUGUUACACUUGCUGGUGUCUCACAGGUUUCUGUUCAUUUUUCCUCAUUCUUCUUUAUCGGAUUGGAUAACCUCAAGUGAUCUAUGUUAAGUCUUCUGGUUCUCUCUUCUGUGUGCUCAAACCUGCUGUUGAGCCCCUCUAGUAAAAUUUUCAUCUCAGUUAUUGUACUUUCAGUUCCAGAAUUUCUAUUUGGUUCAUUUUUAUUUCUAUCACUUUAUUGAUAUUCUGUAUUUAGACAUGGUUUCCUUUAGCUCUUGGAACAUAUUUUAUUCCUUUCUUUGUUUCUGUUUUACAAACCCUGUGUCAAGGGCUGACUUUCAGGAGAUGGCAGUGACGGAGCUGCUCUGCUACGUAGGAAACCCCGACCCAGAAGCAGGUAGCUUCGCCCCACCGGCUCCUCUGCCAAGCACAUACACCAAAUCUUGGAACAUAUUUAAAGAAGCUGAUUUAAAGGCUCCAAUCGGCAUGUGUUUAAGGUAUGGAGAGGUCAGCUGCUCACCGAGCCUGGGAACACAGGCGCUGGAGAAAGCUCGCCAGAGGGGCUGCGAGGAGAAACCAGCAAAAUCACAGGCUUUUAGUGAAGAGCAGAGCUGUGGCUUUAAUAAAUGGCAAAUGCUGACCUCUCUUCCACCUCUGUACCACUUAUGCCCGUAGAGGGUGGGAGAACACACUAGGCAGUGGCGCUGCUGUUGUACCUGUAAUCCUGGACAAACUGCCCAAUCAGAGCAGCCACGAUGAGAAAGGCAGCAAUUAAGUUCUCAUUAAGUCCCGACUAAGUGCCACUUUGCCUCUGCUUCCCAUGCAGCUUGUCACUGUCACCUGAAAGCAGUUCUGUGAUGCUGGUCCUGUGUUUCUCCUCCCCAGGCUCAGGGAGGCUGAGCUGAGCAUGGAAACCAGGGGGAGAGACGGAUCCCUCCAUGGAAAGGAAUGAACAGAAGCCCGGCAACUGGCUCCUCUCACCAUUAGGAAUCCUCUCAGCCCGAGUAGCUUUCUAGGUCGUGUGGAGAAAACCACCCCACUCUUUUCUCUCAACAGUGCCAGCCCCAUGGGAAGUACAAAUAACUGCCUCACAAAUCACAAGAAGCCCCACGGUCUUACCUGGGGUCCUGAGUAGGGGGACCUGUCAGUCUGGGGGAUCAAUCUUGGGGCACAGGAAGUCCCGGUGCCAGGAGGCCACUGGCUGUCGCUGCUGCUGUAACGAUUCUUGGUCUUCACGUAGCUUUUAGUUUGUUUGCGAACCGAGCUUUUCCGCGCAUGAUCCGAAUCCUGUGGUGAGAGGUGUGUGUUUAAAGCAACUGCGGGGGCUGGCAGCUGACAUGCUGCAUCCAAGCUCUGCUCCCUGCCCCACCGCCAGUGUAUGCGGCUUCCUCUGCACGCUCCCCUCACGGUGGGGAAGGUCUGAAACUUCCCGUAACUCCCCCGCCUGCCAGAGGCCUCCCCGGUGGCGGCCCCCGUGGCACUGCAUGGACACGCUCACCUCAAGUGAACUGCUAGGCAGCCCCCACGACGCCGGGGGAGGGGGAGGAGGGGGGGAGGGUCACCUCGUUGCUCUCCAGGGAGGCCUCGCUGCUGAGUUCCGGGGCCCGGGCCAGGCCCUCACUGCUGCUGCUGCUCCUCGCGGCCCCGAGGUGGGCACAGAAGGCGUGCUCUUCUGACAAUGGCGAAGACGAGGACGCCUGACCACAGGCCUCGCCCAUGGCGACUCCCCAGAGCCCUGUCCCCGAGCGGCUUCAGCCACAGCGCUCCCCGGCCCCUCCAAUCGUUCACUGUUUGCUUCUGCUUCACGCCGACUGCCAGGCCAGGCCCUUCCUCUCUAGGCUCGGCAGGGUUUGUCUGCUCUGUUCACCGAUAAAUGCAAGCAUCUAGCCAGUGCUUGGCACACAGGACACUCGGUAAACAGCUGUGGAAUGGACGAUGCACAUAACAUACGAAGACAUUUCCUAAGGACUUACCAGUCAAGAGACUAAGCCUGUCUGUCUGGACUGACUCCCAGAUCCUGCUCAGAGACCCUGGGUGAGAAGUCUCCUCACCUGUCCCCACGCCAGAUUAUGACUCUCCUCACAACAGCCAGAACCUUCUCUAACCUUCACCCUCUCCUCUGCCGGAUGGACCCAUCACAGGGCCACGGCCCAGCUGGACUGGUGGUGGGGGGGUGUGCGUACCCCGGCUGCUGCUGCUGCUGCUCUCCACAUCCCGCUCAUUGAUGGGGGAGGUGACGUCCCUGUAGCAGAGGCCCCCCUCUUCCAGGGGGUUCUCAUCGCUGCUGUUGAAGGUGACGUAGCCCCGUGGAGGCACCUGUUCUGUGGACAGAAUAGGGCAUGUAAAUCCACACGCAUGCAUAAGGAAGGACGAGUUCUUCCUUCCACACACAACCACCACCUCAGAGGGAUCUCGGCGAGGGGAGCCCCAGGACAGCAUUCUCUACUCGCCACGGUAACCUGGACAGAGCUGUGCCGUCCGCAAAUGAGGAAACAGGCUCCAAGGGGUUAGUGACCGGCUUGUGCCCAGCAGCGGGUGCACGUGGAGCCAGGCCUGGCAGUGGCGGCCUCUCUAUCACGCCACGCUGUUGCUUUGCCAAGAGGACAAAGUAGGAGACAGUAAGCUGUAUUUACAAAUUCCUGAGCCAAAGGAAAACUAUACUACAAGGUGUUCCCGCAGCUGGAAACAUCUACUCUCAUACACACACCGGCCUGCAUGGCCCCUGCGACUUUCCAGCACAGGGGCCAGUCAACCCCAGUCAAGAAGAUCCAGCUGAACAGGAAGGUAAGAGGCCCUGGCUAAACAUUAACGGCAGCGACAGUGAAUUAUAUCACCUCUGAAUGUCUGCCUGCGAGAAAACAAGAAGAGGCGGAACACAAACCAGUGUUUAAUUCCGCCUUUGCCCCUUCCUCUGCCCCACAGAAAGUACGUGUAUUUGCAUGAAAGAGCCUGGCUGGUGGGACCACAGGUAACUUAUUUUCUUCUUUAUACCUUUCUGAAGUUAGAGAUUUUUUACAUCAGCACAUGCUAUUUAUCAUUCAAAAAUGUUUUUUAACUUUUGGCAAAGAGCAUAUAUGCACUUACAGAAAAUUAAACUUUCACACAGUGUAAGAAGAAAAACAGAAUCUCCUGAAAGGCCGGAGCUGAGAGGCUGGUGAACACUCCUUCCUAUGCCCCGGCCACAGCUCAGGCAGGACAGGUGGCCUGGGCUUCUCCAAAGGAACAGACUCUGCUACUCAUCCCAGAGCCCCGAGCUCCCAGCUGCCAGACCGGACGCCCGUGUCCUCACCUUCAGCACCAGCUCACCAGUCAGCCCCCUGGAUGCUGGGAGGAGGCAGGCCUGGUUACCAACCAGUGCCAGGACCCCUUCCAAGGGUCUGAGAAGGGAAUCAAGUCCUCACAUGGUCUCCUGGCUGGGAGGGGGUUCUGAGGGCUGCUCGCUAGACCAGCGGCCUGGCCACUGAUGGGUGAGACCCACACUGGAGUCUGGUCACUCAGGCCAGCACAAGAGACAGCGUCAAGCCCAACUCGCCCCAAGCACUCAGCGCCUGUGCUCCCCAAAAGCACUGCACUCAACACUCAGGAGCUGACGGUCUGACAAAAACUCAGGCCAUCUGGAAACUCAGGGUCUAGGGUUCUGGCCUACCAGGUGUCUGGUGGGCAGUUCUCAAAUCCACACCCUGAGAAAAGAGUGCGAGGGCAGAGUCCUCCCCAGGGGAUGCGGCAGAGACAGGAAGGGGACUCAACGGUCACGUUCUCCCUGCUGGGCUGACCCACCCACGUGAGGAAUGGAUCCAAGCUCAGUUAUCUCUCUCCUACAGGAGAGAAUGUUCUAUUUGUAGUUUUAACCAACAGAAAGGAAACUCAAAGGACGAACCAAAACCCAAGAGCGAGACGCUGACUAAUGUGUCUCCAUCCCUGUGAUGGAUUCUGAGUCCUUGAGCUGCUGCUCCUACCCGGCAGCCCAGGCGGCCCCCACGUCAGGAGCCUGAGAGUUGCUCGUUCUCUCAGACAGAAUCCUAGACUAUGGUGUCAAAGCCACCGGGAUCAUGGGGCACUAACCAUAGCAAGGCUGCUGUAUCCUGCCUCCGAGUCCAAUAGCUGUGAGCCUGGCCAAGGCUCGCGGCCCCUCGUGGAUGCUGAGGCCCUUCUUCCGACAGGGCCUCUGUCUCUGAGGGACAGGGCAGGAUUCAUCUGAAGAGCUCAGAUCUUCGUAUUUUUCUGUGGGUCAAACACCAAAAUUUAGACAGUAUGUUCAGUGAUGGACUAAUUUACUAAUCCUUAUAAUGAACUGAAAUAAAAAUCAUCGUAAUUGC